UCUUCAAUUUUUUUUUUUAUUUUUAAUUUUUUUCCGCCGCGAGGAGGGGGAGGGGUUUUUGAAGUGAAGAAGAAGUCCUGAAGAGGAAAGAAACCAUUUUAUCGAGGGUAUUUCAAAUCGGUUCCAAUUGAAGGCAUCAAUGGCGGAAGAUGCUCCCAGUUCAGAAGCCACGCAACCAAAUGUUGAGGAGCAACGGCAGUCUUCUGUUGAAGCAACGAUUGAAUCGAAUGUCGUGGGAGGCACCCACUCCGACUCUUCUCGUAACGACAACAACAAUAACAACGGCCUUGAGACUUCUGCUAUUACGACAGAUGGAGACCGCGAGAAGUCGCUGGAGUUUGCGGAGGAACUGAUGGAGAGAGGAUCCAAGGCCAGUAGGGAGCGCGAUUACGCCGAAGCCGCCGAAUGUUACAGCCGUGCCCUAGAAAUCAGGGCUGCUCACUAUGGGGAACUUGCUCCUGAAUGUGUUAAUGCAUAUUAUAAGUAUGGUUGUGUGCUGCUGUACAAAGCUCAGGACGAGGCUGAUCCACUUGGCACUGUGCCAAAGAAGGAGAAUGAGCCCCAACAAGUCUCCAAUAAAGAUGGACCUUUCAAGGAAGCAGUAAAUGAAGAAUCACUUGCAACUUCUGUUUCUAGUAAUGCUGAACAAGAAGGGAGUUCAAAUCCUCAAGAAGGAGCCACUGAUUAUGUUACCGAUGGGAAGGAUCAGGAGGAAGACACUGAGGAAAGUGAUGCUGAGGACCUAGCUGAAGCAGAUGAGGAUGAAUCUGAUCUGGAUUUGGCAUGGAAAAUGUUGGAUGUUGCGAGGGCAAUCGUUGAAAAACAGUCCGGUGAUACAAUGGAGAAAGUGGACAUUUUGUCCGCUUUGGCUGAAGUUGCUCUGGAAAGAGAGGAUAUUGAUACUUCUCUUAGUGAUUACCUGAAAGCACUAGCCAUUUUGGAACGCCUGGUUGAGCCAGACAGUCGACAUAUAGCUGAACUGUAUCCUUCAGUGAAUUGCACUUCCUUGACAGAAGGGUUCAGAAAUUUUAGGAUAUGCCUGUGCUUGGAGAUGGGGUCAAAAGCUGAGGAAGCCAUUCCAUACUGUCAAAAGGCUAUAUCAAUUUGCAAGUCUAGGGUGCAGAGGCUGACAACUGAAGUAAGGAUCUCGACAGGAUCAACAGGAGCAUCAGCUGUUUCAGUGUCCGACCAUGCAGUCCAAAUGUCUUCAAAUGGAUCCCAGUCUAAUGGUUCUGACAUGGAUAAAGAGGCAGACAUUGAAAUACUGACUGGCCUAUCUCUUGAGCUUGAGAAGAAGCUUGAAGAUCUCCAGCAGCUUGCAUCUAACCCAACAUCAAUUCUUUCGGAUAUCCUGGGUAUGCUGUCUGCCAAGGCAAGAAGCAUUGAGAAGAAUGCUCCUUCAGUUAUCAGCUCUUCGCAGCUGGGUGUUGCUAGCAGUAGCAGAGAUCUGGAAUCUCCUACUGUUUCCACUGCUCAUACAAAUGAGGCUGCUGGAGUAACACAUCUUGGUGUGGUGGGAAGAGGAGUCAAGCGAGUGUUCAUGAAUUCAGGUACAGCAGAUUCCAACCCAACUAAGAAACCUGGGUUAGACCCUGCACCUGAUAAUGGUGAUGGCAAAGCCUCUUGAUGUUGAUGUGUGUUUGGAUGCCAUGAGAGUAAACUGUUGGAAGUAUCAAGGACAGGACGAGGUUGGAGUCUGAUAUACUGAUUGGAGCUGGAUUACCAUUUGGUUGCCUCGUUGUCUGACCUGGCUAUUAGACUAGAUUAUUAUCGUAUUUACUGCACCAGUUAAUAUUCUCAUAUAACCUGUCUUUUCUGCCAUCUCUAGCUAUGUACUCGUCGACUAUAGAGUUUGAAGUUAGAUAAACUUUUGCCUAUCCAUGAUUUAUUUUGAUGCUAUCUGUGAAAAUAUUCAUGUAUUAUUUUGUUUUUAAUUUCUGGUUUAUAUAGCUUUCUUUUGGCUGCCCUUUUAGCAA